CCGACAUGCAUCGCGUCUGGGUUCGGGUCCAGAGGGAGAGAUGGGGGAGAGAGAGCCGUAAUGGCGGCCGGUUAGACCCACACUCGAACACCGCGUCCGCAAACAGCCUCUCACACCGCGGCGGAGCCAGCGUGACAGGCACGGAGCCGAAUCCUUCAGCGGACCGCAAGAUUUUCCUUCUACUUUUCUAAAAAAAAAAAAAAAAAAAAAAAAAAAAAAAUAAUAAUAAUAAUUAAAAAAAAAAUAUGGACGAUCACCCCGGCGGAGGAGGGGUCGGAGCGGGAGCCCCGAGACAGCCUCCGCCGCCGCAGCAGCAUCAGCAGCCGGGGAGCAACAGCAGCCUUAACCCGCAGAUCGGAGCCGGCGGAGGGGCCAUGGUGCCCCAUCAGCCCGAUGAGCUGCCCCGGCCCCAGCAGCAGUACACCAUCCCCGGCAUCCUGCACUACAUCCAGCACGAAUGGGCCAGGUUCGAGAUGGAGAGGGCGCACUGGGAAGUGGAGAGGGCCGAGCUCCAGGCGAGGAUAGCGUUCCUGCAGGGAGAGAGGAAAGGUCAGGAGAACCUGAAGAACGACCUGGUUAGAAGAAUAAAAAUGUUAGAAUACGCUUUAAAACAGGAAAGAGCAAAAUAUCACAAGUUAAAAUAUGGAACCGAGUUAAACCAAGGAGAGAUGAAGAUGCCAAGUUUUGAAUCAGACACCAAAGACUCCGAUGUCUCUGCGGUUCCUGCAAACAGUCAGCUCACCUGGAAACAAGGACGGCAGCUUCUCAGACAGUACCUGCAGGAAGUGGGAUACACAGACACCAUCCUGGACGUCCGCACUCAGAGAGUCCGGUCUCUGCUCGGCCUGUCGGGUUCUGAGCAGAACGGAUCCGUGGAGAACAAGAACCUGCAGCACCUGAUCAACGGGACGGAGCGACGCAAGGACAGUAAGAGGAGUCCGGGAGACGUUCUGGAGACGUUCAACUUCCUGGAGAACGCAGAGGACAGCGACGAGGACGAGGACGAGGAGGGAGACCUGAUGGACGACAUGAGCGCAGACAAACACCACAGAACCAAGAAACACAAGACCAAGGUGGGGAACGAGGGUUUGGCGUCGGAGGACGAUGCCGACACGGAGGAGGCGCUGAAGGAGUUUGACUUCCUGGUGACGGCCGAGGACGGAGAGGGAGCGGGCGAAGCUCGGAGCUCCGGGGACGGGACAGAGUGGGCGGAGCCGCUACCGUUUCCCACCGGCGGGGGGAAGUCCUUCCUGUUGGGGGGGUCGGACGACGUGCUGGAGAGCGUUCUGGGUCUGGGCGACCUGGCCGACCUCACGGUGACCAACGACGAGGCCGACUACGGCUACGACCUCCAGUCCAACAAGGAGUCGUCGUGCAGGAAGACGUGGAACCCGAAGUACACGCUGAGGAGCCACUUCGACGGCGUCCGGGCGCUCGCCUUCCACCCCGUGGAGCCGUGUCUGGUCACCGUGUCCGAGGACCACACCCUGAAACUGUGGAACCUCACCAAGACCGUCCCUGCCAAAAAAAGUGCCUCUUUUGAUGUGGAGCCCAUCUACACAUUCAGAGCUCACGUUGGUCCCGUGUUGUCGUUGGCGAUGACCUCCAGCGGUGAACAGUGUUUCAGCGGCGGCAUCGACUCGACCAUCCAGUGGUGGAACAUCCCGAGCUCUAACGUCGACCCCUACGACACCUACGAUCCCAGCGUCCUGGCCGGCUCGUGGCUGGGUCACACGGACGCCGUGUGGGGAUUGGCCUACAGCGGCAUCAAGAACCGCCUCCUGUCCUGCUCGGCGGACGGAACGGUGAAGCUGUGGAACCCGACGGAGAAGAACCCCUGCAUCAGCACUUUCAACACAAACAAGGAACACGGCGUCCCCACGUCGGUGGACUUUAACGGUUGUGACCCCGCCCACAUGGUGGCGUCCUUCAACAGCGGAGACGUGGUGGUGUACGACCUGGAGACGUCCCAGAAUGCACUGGUGCUGAAGGGUCAGGGGGACGGCACUCUUCCAGGUUCAAACCACAUCAACAAGGUGGUGAGUCACCCGACGCUGCCCGUCACCAUCACCGCCCACGAAGACCGACAUAUCAAGUUCUACGACAACAAGUCAGGUAAAGUGAUCCACGCUAUGGUGGCUCAUCUGGACGCAGUGACCAGUCUGGCUGUGGAUCCCAACGGCAUCUACCUGAUGUCUGGAAGUCACGACUGCUCGCUGCGCCUGUGGAACCUGGACAGUAAAACGUGCGUGCAGGAGAUCACGGCGCACAGGAAGAAGAGCGAGGAGGCCAUCUACGACGUGGCCUUCCACCCGUCCAAGGCCUACAUCGCCUCGGCCGGAGCCGACGCCCUCGCCAGGGUCUACGUCUAAGACCGGGAGGAAGAGGACGACCGCGGGGCGACAGAGACGGGAUGACAAACAGGAUUCAGGUCUGUUCAGGCGACUGGACUCAGAAUAUAUAUUAUUAUGGAAGAAGAAGAAGAAGAAGGAGGAACUCACACUCACACACAGACUCAGAAGAGACUGAGACGCGUUCAGCUGCAGACAAAACGUUGUGGAAACGUUGUUGUACAGGUCGACACGGAGCAGCUCACCUGUCCUGACGCCAUCGGCCCCGCCCCCGUCUGCUGAGCCCUGAACGUAGCCCUGACAACACUACCCCCCCACCCCCACCCCCACCCCCACCCCCCCCACUCAUUUUAACACUAGUGUGACGGACUUAAAGCCCCCCCCAUCAGGAGUAGUGAUGAUUUAUUCCCCCACCUCCCUCCCUCCAGACCUCGUCCAGCUCCUAAUCAGCUGUUUCUCUCUUAGCAGUGAGGGUUUGUUUCAGAGUGGUUCUGUUAAUUUACACGCCGUCAGUGAACGCAGCGCAGCCGUGAGAGAUUUACACCGACAGACAAAAAAAAACUGGGGAGGAUCAAGCAUCAGAAUAAAGGUUUUUAAAGAAGCUCAUGUGAGUUUCUUCUGCAGUUUGGUGUUUUUGUCACAAACGAAUUUGCAGUUGCGUUCACAGAAUGCAGGAAAAAUGGACGUUCAAGCCCUGAACGCACCAAAAUGAAAACCUCUGUACGACCAGACACCAGUUUGUUUUCUUCUCCCCAGAAAAAUAAAUAGAUUUAAUAGAUUUUGGAUAAAUUUAGAAAAAGGAAACGUGCAGAUGCUCGUGUUCUGUGGCGACUGGAGGUCCAGGUCGUUCGGUCCUGAAACCCGUUGUGCUAAAACAGAAACAGCUUGUGAACGCUCAGUGUCCCGGUUCUGAACUCGUGUGUUUUUAGAAAUCGAACGUACGGCUUCAUCCGUGUUUCAGACGCCAGUUUACAAGGAUCCAGGGUUAGUUUUUAGUUCGUUUCCCUGCUAAAUAAACGGAGUUCGUUGUGGACUCGUGCUCGCUAUGUGCGGACGGAUGAGUUUGGUUCUGUAGCCGCGGGAUCAGAACCGGGACGCUGACUUCAGCUCCAUGAAGCGGUUUAAACGUCUGGAGGGCGACGGCCACAAACAUUCAGCCCGGGAACAGAACGUCGUCGUGGUUUUUCUCUGUUUCAGCUUUUUAAUAAUUAAAUCUGAACUUAAGCUUCAGACAAAACGAGAGGAAAAUAAAAGAUAAAAAAAAAUAAAUAAACUGUCAGAUUUUAACUUUUUUACAGUUUUUAAGGAAUUUAAACUAAGACGGUAAAAGAAAGUGAACGCGAGCUGUUGGGUUUUUUGUUUCUCAGUAAAUCAGAUUUUCAGUUUGAGGUUCGAGCCGAUUGGACGAGAGGAUUGGUUAACACCCCCUGACCUCAGCCCCUGGUGGGCCAAUCAGAGCCCUGCGUUUAUUUAAAGCCCAGCGAUGUAACAGGAUUCAGCGUUACUGUAGUUACAUAUUUUUGUUCGUGUAAAAUAAAUCUAGUUUUUAUAACUCUUUUUUAUAAAUGUCUCGUUAGGAUUCUGGUUCCUCUUAAACCGUCCAGCCCCGCCCAUCUACUUCCUGUUUCCCAUCGCGUGGUGACUCAUAGAUCUCGCUUCCGUCUGAUUGGUUGAGGAGGACACAGAGUUUAAAUAAUGUAGAGAAGAGGAGGAGGAGGAAGGUGCUAAUGAGCUGAAAGACCUUUAUUCACCAUCAACUUUAAUUAGAAUCUAAAGAAACGAGUUUGGUAUAAAACUCUUUAUUCACUGUUUUAUUUGUUAGCAUGAAGCUAAAUCCAGCCUGGUCACAGCAGCAGCAUCAGAAUUUAGUUUGGUAAAAAGUAUAAUUACUUUAAAACAUAAAUAAAAUACAAAAAUAAAAACUACAAAUCUGAAAUGUAGAACAAAGGUAAUGUCACCGUAAAGAAAAGGACUCAUUUUUGUAGUUGGAUCAUUUUAAAAAAUAAGAGUUUUCAGCUAAAGAAUUACAGAACGUAUAACUGAGCAAAAAUAAAUAGUAAAAACUUAUUUGAUGCAACAAAAUAAACUAAAAUCUAAAAAGGUUUUAACCAGGUUGUUGUUGUUAAACUUGAGUCUGAUCUUUACAGACUGGUGAGUUGUACCUGAACACAGCACUUAGCUCCUCCCCCUCCUCUUCUUCUUCUUCACCUUCAUUUCACGUCAACGUUCGGCUGAAUUUAAUUUAUUUAAAUCAUUUUAGUGUCGUCCGCUCCAGGAGGCGUCUGAUUGGUCAGUUCCUCCUUAAAAAAAAAGAAAGUGUGAGAAAGCUGUCGUCUGAUUGGCUGUUACCGCCUCCGACUUUUCCGUUUGUUUGUUUUUUUGUUUUGUUUUUUUUUUCUGAUCCACAAAUUUCUGACACGAGUGGCUCCCGAUCGAUCACGGCUCCAAAUCAAACCGAUAAUAAUUAUUCUUUUAUUUUAUUUUUCUGAUUUCACCGAUGCUACGGUUUCCUGUGUAACUACAACUUUUCUGUUUGUGUAAUGCAUGAUUAAUACAAUAAAAGUAUUUUUUCUAGUCUUCCAAAAAAUGGAAAAAAAGAUCAGUUUGCGAGUUUUGAUGAGUUUUGUAAGUUGUUUUUUUUUGUUUUGUUUUUUUUUGAUUUACAAACUAUGAACAGCAGAUUUUAAAGACUGUACCACAUAGAAUACGGCUGUUGAAAUGUAUAUAAAAUGUCUAUAAUAACUAUUAAAUGGUGUAACUGUA